UGGGGAAUAUGGAGAGCCCGGGUACUAGGAGCAGCCGUGAGGGAGAUUAACAUUAGGUUCUUGGGGCCUCUCCUCGGCUCCCCUCCCCCAUCACAAUCCCGACCCUGUCCCAGUCCAGGGGAAGGAACAGCAGCCCCAGAUUCCCUCCGCCCCUGACACUCACAGCCAACGUAGGAACUUCGGGAUUUGUAGUUCUUUUUCCUCGGGAGGCGGGCCACCCAGACCGGCAUCCCGGAGACGGGAGGGAUAGAACUACAACUCCCAGGGAUGUGAGAUCGAGGUGGGGAGGCGUUUCCACCUCGGCGAGGCAAUCAGCUGGAGAAGAGCUCCUGGCUCUUAGACACUCCCCUCCUCUCUUUAGCACCCCUAGCUCCCACCACUCCCCCAAGCCCCGGAGCUCCCGGUGCGGUCCAGAUUCUCCUCCUCCCUUCCCGUGAAGCCCAUUACCCAGCUGGGGUCGAACUGCCCUUCCCCCAGCCCUCAGGUCUGCCGCUCUGCUCUUCUGUCAUCAUCCCCUGCACUACACAGCCCCACUCCCUGGAAGAGAAGGAACGCACAGACAAGCAGACAGACAGACAGCCCUCUCCCUCCUAGUCUUGGGGGGAGACAAAGGCCUGGUGGCUGGGGUAUAGGAGAUUCCUGGACGCGGCCCCCGAGGGCAAGUCCGUGGGGAGGCUUCCCCCGGCGGUAAUGGCUCUCCAGGUGCCCGUGACCUUUGAAGAUCUGGCUGUCAGAUUCUCUGCUGAGGAAUGGCAUCUUCUAGAGGAAUGGCAGAGGGAGUUCCACCGAGAUGUGAUGAGGGAGAACUAUGAGAUGCUGGUCUCCCUGGGGACAGCUCAGUUGCUUCCACUCUCUGCAUUCCUGUCCCUGACAGAACCCCAAGAGGAUAUGGGGGACAAUGGCUGUUCUGAUGGGGAAUGGGAAAGACCUGGUGGAGGAUUGCAGGUGGGACAGCACCAGGGCAGCCUUCACCUCAAUGCCCUAGUCCGUUUGGUCAAAGGGAUUCCAGAGUUCCUCUUUGGUGAAACCAAGGCCAUGGACACCCCAGAGGCCCUUGAGAGCAAGGAAAGUGGUUCAGAGGGGGCGAGAUUGAGCCUGGCAGCAGCCAUGCCUGUGGACACCAGCCCCCUGGAGGGAUUGCUGAACUGCCUCCCGGAAAUCCCUAUCAGCAGACCUGCCCUGGCAGCCACACCUGCCAGCAGCUCAUCCAGUAGCAGUCAAGGAGAUGGUGAUCCAGAACUGAGGAGCCCAGAGCUGGGACCCCACCCUCUGUACCCCUAUGAACCUGCUGCCAAAAUUAGUCCCUUAGCCAUCAGCAGGAACUUUAAUGGGAAAGAAGAUCCAGAAACAUCAGCUUGUCAACUCAAUACUCCUGGUUUUACUGGUUCUCAGGAACAGAAGCAACUGGGGACCAUGGGACAAGAUGCUAUAGGAAGUCCUUCUAAGAGCAACCCUCUCCAAGGCCUCAUCAACUGCCUGAAGGAAAUUCUUGUACAGGGACCCCAGCUUAGAAGGCCUCUAACCACGGGACCAGUUCCUCAAAGUAGUCCAGGGGACAUAAAACUAAUGAAUAGAGACCAACAACACCAGGGGCCACCCUGGGCUGUGAAGGCAGAAACUGUUUCAGAGAAUUCCCCACUCCAGGGCCUGCUGAACUGUCUUAAAGAAAUCCCAGAAACCCAAGACAGAUGUGCCAGCCUCCCAGGAAGAGGGGUGCAGCAGAGAGAUAGUCCAGGGACUUGGCAAAAGGAUUCUGGAGUUAAGAUGGAAGGAACCACCGAGGAUGCUUGGGCCCAGAGUCCUCAGAGCUACAUCCCAGAUACUCCUACUCCUGGGUCCUGUGAGCUCAGUGCACUUACCCACAGCUCUUCUACUAGUAGCAGUGUGGAGGGUGAUGGGAACCUCGGGCUCAGGGGGCCAGAGGUGCCAAGUUGGGCCCCAUUGAACCAAGUUGGCAGUGCCCAGACCUCACCCUUGGAGGCCCUGGAAACCUAUCUGAAGGACAUCCCCCUGAACAGAUCCUUGAGACCCCAGCCACCAAGCAACUACUGGUGCCUGAGCCCUGGGCAAGGGGACAUGGUCCAGCGAAAGUCUGAUCCACGGGUCCGGAAAUGGCAUCUGGAAGCAGUGACCACAGGUUCUCUCCCUUCGCUGGGGCCACACGGCUGUGUCAAGGAUCUCUCAGCACAACGCCUGGGUCACCUGAACACACCCAAUAGCUUCUCUUCAGGCAGCAGCACAGAUGGGGACCUGGGGCUCCGAAGCCCAGAAGGGAGCUGGGGUCAAUGGUGCAGAGAAGCAAGCCCACUCGGGAGCUCUCCCCUCCAGGGCCUGGAGAACUGUCUCAAGGAGAUCUCCACAAGCAGGCCCCACCUUAGCCAGACUGCCUCAUCAUCGCUGGCCCCAGGAGGGGAUGGGAUAUUAAGAAGAGCAGAUCCCAGGAGCUGGGCUUUGGACAAGGAAGGACUGGGGGGUCAGCCCCAUGACUCUCUGUGCCUCAGGCAAGGUGGAAAAGAGGCUUCUUCAGAGAGUCUGAACCAAGGCAGCCUCCAGAGCAGAGUCUGCAGCUCCUUUGCUCUCCACCAGACUGGUGACAGAGACAAGAAGACCAUUGACAUGGGGCCCAGGAAAUGCCUUGGAGAAGGGAUAGCUCCCAAGCCCUCUCCACUUCGAUGUCUGGAAAACUCCUUAAGGGGAAUCUUGGCCAUGAGGCCUCUGCGCUUCACUUGUUUGGCCAGUCCCAGCCUGAGUUCUGGCUCUAGCCCCAGUUCCAUCCAUGGCAGCGGCAGCAGCAGCAGUAGUGGGGGCUCUGAGGGAGAAGAUCCAAGAUUGGAGCCUGAGCUGUGGAAAACUCAUCCCAAGGAGUGUUCUCUCCUCUCCAUCUCUCGAGGACCUGCCUUUCAGGCCAGCAGCCAUCCUGGCCCCCUCACUAACAGUUCUAACAGCUCCACAAGAAACAGAGAGCAGAGGAGGAUGGAGCCUGGGGAUUGGAGAGCUCUCAAUGCAGCUUUGAAAGCAGAGGAAACUUCAGGAUGUAGCCUUGGGGUCCAUGGGAAGGAUAUGCCUGCAGAAACCUCUGAUGGGUCCCACACUCCCAGAAACACUGAAAUGGGUCCAUCUGCUGAUCUGGAAGAAACUCCUGAUGUACCAACCCCCUGCCCUUCUUCUGGAGGGCCUGAGGUAGAGGAAGAAGCUGGUAGCCUGAAGGCUGUACCUGGAGAACUGAGUGUCGCAAGUCCCAAGGAUGCCAAGCCAGAAAUGCCAGAGAAAAAGGCCAGGGACUGGACAGGACUUGCAUUGGGUACUGAAGCUAUUCCUCAAUCCAGCCCACCAGAAAUACCUAAAGGAAUCCAGAGCUGGGGUGGCACUUCUGCCCUGACCUCCCAGGAAGCUCCAUCACCACCGAGGCCUGAUCGAGGGAACAAACGUCUGUGUUCUCUGGGUGAUCCUGCUGCCAGCUGUUCUACAGCUCAAUUGGGCAGAAGAACCCCUGGCAGUCAGAUUCAUGGUUCAACUGAGACCCCCAACAAGACCCCACGACUGGCUUUGCCCUCAGUGGCUAACGCCCCUUCUCUCUCACCAGUGAGUGCUCCACAGCCUUCCUGCCAGUGUGGGGAUGCCUUCCGGGGGGAGCUUCACAACCUUGGAGCUGCCCUCACAGAGCAGCUGACCCGCCUCUCCUCCACCCUGGCCACUCUGUCUCAGGACAUGUCAGCCAUGAAGAAACGCAUGAAGUUGCUAGGGCGGGACUUCCGGUCACACCAAAGGCUAGGAAGGGGGUCACGAGCCUGGACCCUCUGCCGGAGAUACCACAGGUGCUGCCAUUCUGUUCGAAGAUGGCGACGGGGACAAGAAAAGGCCACUCAGCUACAACCCCCACACUUUGGGGAGCAGCCAAGAGAUCUGGGAGUUGGUGAUACUUCAAACUUCCUACAGCGGGAGACUCAUAUGGUACCGCAGCUGCCUCCAGAUGCUCCCCCAGGUGUGACACCCAUGGGGCUGACUACUCCCUUUGGUCCCAAUAAUAGCUCAUCCCCUUCCUCUCUCCUCUUGCCAUCUACUUGUUCUACAUUGCUGACUGUGUGCUCUCCUCAAAAACAACGGGAAGACUACCAGAGCCCACCGACCACUCCCAUUGCCAUAUCAUCUUCCCAGAUUGCCCCUCCUCCAAGUCCAGAGGAAGGGUUCAAAUCUUGGCAGGAAAUGGAGCAGUGCAAAUGGAAACCCAUCAUGAAUCCAGGGAUGAAAGGAGCCUGGUCCCAGCAAUCCAGAGAGCCCUCUAGUAGGAUAUCUGAGGAAGUGAUCACAAAAGCCCAACAUGGAGGGCCUGGCUAACUAACAGGCAAGCCAUUGGCUAAAUUCCUCCGAGAGGCAGCCUCCCUUUUUCAGUGGUCCCCUCUGGUGGGAAGCCAUCACUUCCUUCUACAUCAGCUUCGGCUGAGCCCUCAUUCUCCCCUCUCCCUCAGCUCUGCCAGGAUGGAGCCCUUCCUGCCUAUUCUCAUUAGUCCUCGUCUUUCCUUGGCAUUUUGGAGACAUUUUCUUCAGAGAAGAAGUUACUAUUUGGGGAUAUUUUCUUUCCCUUUUCCUUGGCUUAGGCUUUGAUCAAACCUUGAUUACAAUAUGCUCCUUAUCACCAUUAUCUCUUUACCCAACAACUGCCAAAGUUAACAUGACAGAGAGAGAGUAUAGUCAAUUUUCACUUAAUAUAAAUGGACCUUUCCAUAGACCUUCCCUUCCCCUUCCAGGAACCUGCCCUGUCUAGGACUUUGUACCCCCCCACAGCUGGAGCAGAAGACCCCCUGGUAUGGGCCUGCUCCCACACUGCUUCCCCAACCCUAGUCAAAUUAGGAUAAGGCAAAUUUAUGUGGAGUCAGAAAUGUAUCAAUUUGUCACCCAAGUGGCUGCAUAACCUUGAUUUCUAGUCUCCCCUCCCCUGCUACCUCAAUUUUCACAGGGUGAAUUGAGUAACUCUCUUCCCUCUUUGGUGAACUAAAGGGCAAGUUAUAUACCUGGUACAGACAACUCUCAUACCAGGAGACUCUCUCUACCUUGUGGUCUAAUUUGUUGGCUUUGCCUUUGGUUUCAGGGGAUGUGAUUAGAUUUGAACAUUAAAGUUCCUAAUUGCUGAGAAUAAAUGUAAGAAAUUGGCCUCCUGAGGCCUAAACAGUCUUUAAAAGUGGGACAGGGGAGACAGACCCCCCACUUCACAUUAUGAUAGGUAAACCAGUUCUUCUGGUAAUGUAGCAUUGGGAACAGCUUGAUUUCCCUCGUGGAAGAGGUAACCAGCUGAUGGAGUGAAGGGUCAGAGUAGCAAAUUAGGGGACAGACCAGUGUGGGAGAAGACAUGAUGGGAGGGCCAAACAUGCUAAUAUGCUCUCAGGCUCCAGUAAAAAAAGUAUAGCUUCUGGGAAGAAGGAAGUGAUAGUCCAACUCUGUACUUUACUCCUGGUCAGACAAUAGCUAGGGAUUAUUGUGUUCACUUUGGGAAAGGCAUUAUUAAGCUAAAGAACAGAGUAACAAGAAUGGUGAAGGACCUUGAAUCACUGUCACUAUAAAGAUCUGUUGAAGGAACUGGAAAUGUUUGGUCUGGAGAAGGAGAGGGUUGGGGAUGGGGUGGAUAGAAGAGCUGUCUUCAAGUACAUGAAAGAUGGUCAUGUGGAGAAGGAUUAGAUGUGUUCUGCAUUGCUCCAGAAGGUAGAGAUAGGAGCAAUGGGUGGAGAUGUUCAAAGAAGUAAAUAUAGCCUCAAUGUCAGGAGAAAAUGAGCAAUCCAAAAGUGGAGUAAGCUUCCUUGAGAUGUGAUGGUCCCCACAACUGGCUAUCUUCAGACAAAGGCUGGAACGGCCACUUAUUGGAAGUGUUGGAUUCUUACGGGUUGGACUAGAUGGCUUCUGACCUCCCAAUUCCUAGAACAUGAUUCUGGACAGAGACAAGUGGAGGUGUAGGGAUGAAAGAGCAAGGAAUGUUUGGGUCUGGAGGUGGGAUCAGAUAGUAGAGAAUAUGAGACUGGAAAGAGCUUGUGGCCUUUGCAUGUGCUUGAGACUACUAUCUCUACCACCUCCAGGGGGUAACUAAUUGCUAAAACAACAAAUACAACAUGAAUUAGAAGGUUUCCUAUAAUGACUACAGGUUAGAGCAUGAAAUCUGGGAAUGAAGUAAACAUAUAGAGAAUGGUGUGGCAGAUGCUGGGCAUCUGGAAGGAAUAACUGGUGAAGGCCAUAAACAUGCUUUGUUCCUAUCAGUCCUCAGCCCUCCACCCUGUGGGAAUUGAGAAAUAUUUUGGGGACAGAACUGUCUCCAGGGAGAGGGGUCCUCUUGGAUUCUCUGUAGGAGAAAUGGGGGGAAGACAUUGAUACUGUUCCUUGUGGUAUGGUUACAAUUGGCUCAGUGCUUUCCUUUUGACUUUGUCAAAGGAGCCAUGGCCCCUUGGCUCCUUGCUUGAGCUUUGUGGGUAUUCCUACAUACUAUAUUCUAUAGUGAGUAUUCCUACAACAAUCUCCUUAUUCCACAAUUCUUCCCCCAGUCUUGGUCCUAUAUGUAGGCAAAAUAGUCCCCUCAAUUAAAAAUAUCUCCCCUUGAGCUAAUAAUACAAGUAUUAAAUUUUUAAAUACUGUACCCUUUUAGGUUGACAUUGUCUCUAAAAGCCCUUUAUUAAAAUUCACCUGGUCAUUGAGAAACCUAUUUUAGUUCCAACACCUUUAACCCAUCGAUAAUAAUAUGUAACAUUUAUAUAGUACUUUAAGGUUUGCAAAGCACUUUAUAAACAUCUCAUUUUAACCCUACAACAGCCCUGGGAGGUAGAUGCUAUUUAUCCCUAUUUUCCAGGUAAGGAAACUGAGGUUAAGAGAGGUUACCAGUCACAGCUAAUAAAUGAGGCCAGAUUUGACCUUCUU